AUGAAAUAUCUGGCAUUCGUUGUGAUCAUAUUGGGCGCCUCCUUCUACGCCAUGCUUUUCUCCAAGAUGUUUGACGAGAAGGCGAGUAUUCAGGAGACUCUCAACGACAAACGUCAGGAACUGCUAUGGCGCUUGAAUGGUCCUAUCCCUCAAGACGACCCGCGACUUCUUGCACUUGUAAGAGAGAAGUUUCUGGUCCCUCCGCCGAAGACACGGUCUCCCAAACAUCAAGAGGACAUUUUCAAUGAGAAUGAGAGUAGAAGUUAUGUAUCUUGGCUAUUUAUCAAGUCAGUGCUGGAGGAUCUGUUUACAGACGAGGCUCCAGGCUUCUUCGUUGAGGCAGGAGCUUUGGACGGGUCUCUCUUGUCAAAUACUUUGUUCCUAGAAGAUUCUUAUAAAUGGACCGGGCUUUUAAUUGAACCUGAUCCAAGAAACUUUUUUCAUUUGAAGAAUAAACAUCGCAAUGCAUGGACGGCCCCGGUAUGUCUCUCACAUAACAGCUACGCUGAAAAAGUGUAUCUCAAAAUGAACCAUGUUGCCAUCCGUCAUCCCAGUCAGAAAAUACUAGGAAAUUCUCACAUCCAGGCAAUACCUGGUACAGAAGAAGGCGUCUACAGCACAUUUGAAGAGAUCCAAUGUUUUGCCAUCGAAACCCUAUUGUUAGCUCUCAACAUCUCACACGUCCACUUCUUCAGCCUCGACAUCGAGGGAGGAGAGCUGGAAAUAUUAAAGAAAUUUCCAUUCGAUGAAAUUCUCGUUGAUGUUUGGGCUAUCGAAAAUGUGUCUCCCCGGUGGAAAACUCUUAAAAAUGUGACAGCUCGAACACUGUACACUUCACCUGCACAGAUACGAAAGAAUAUGAGCAUCCCAGACAAAUUCGUUAGCGAUAUUGACGCUAUAUUAGAAUGUAUAGAAGACAAAAGGCUCAUAGACUUCAUGUUGAGCCGUGGAUAUUAUUACUUUGAUGCAUUUUGCUACUUCAUUCCGGACCUGGUAUUUGUUAGAAUAAACAGCACAUUAUUCUCGAAGCUUCACGUGCCAAAGAACUACUGGACACGACGCUCGGUUUGCGAAUACAAACCCAUGAUAACGCAUGAGUUCAACUCCAGCAGAGUCUCGCCACGUGUCCUAAGAGACCCACACCAUCAUCCUGGUGUCAAAUAUAGAAACCCGAUUUCCCGGUAAUUAAAUUGAAGUGAAAAUAAUUGAAUAUUUUGGUGAUGAUGCCUGUAAAAUAUCUUUCCUAUUUUUACAUGGAACUGCCGUUGUUCAAUUCUUAUUUUACAUGAAUAAAAAACGUUUAUCGGCUUGCUUCAGAUUAUCAGCCGCACUGUAAAAUACAUAAUCCGAUGCUCACAAUUUUGCAAACCAUUUUAGGAAAUCAAGAGUAAAAAUUCAUAAGCAGCUUUAUGAUUUAAACAUCUAAAAAAUUAUUUAGCACUUUUCCCUGUUUUAGUUUCAUUUUUGCUGUGGCCAAGAAAGCUUUGGUUACUUAAAGCGAAUUUUCCAAGAAAUAGGAACUUACAUAAAGCCUCACUUUUUUCGCAAAUUAUACCUUAAAUCUAUAAUUUUUUAUAGUUCUUAUCACUAUCACGAAGAGAACUAUUAUCAGCUAAAUAUUGUUUACUACUUUAAAAUAAAUUUUCGGUACUCAAUCAGUAUCAAGGAACCUGGUUAA